UUAAAUCUUGUGUAACUGUGACUGCAGGAAAUUUUGACGGGUGUUGUCUGUUCAGAUCAAAGUGAAAACACAUGAGAAUGGGUUUGUUUUGAAUUUUUGCUCAUCAAACAUCUCUUUGCGGUAUUAAUUUAUUUCAUUAUUUUAUUUCGGAUUUUAGAUCACAAUGUGGAAAGCAACUGUCGGAUAUAAUGUGAAUGAUACCAAAAAUGGUGGUGGCGAUGAUGAUGAUUGGGAAACAGAUCCGGAUUUUAUUAAUGAUGUCACUGAAGAAGAACAGAGAUGGGGCUCUAAAACCGUUGAAGGUUCUGGCAGGACUGUUGCUGCUCUUAACAUCCAGGAACUUAGAACAAAUGUCACCAAGGAUGAUGCUGAAUACAAGAAAAAACAGAUGGAAGGUGGUAUAAAAUCCUCCUAUGGUUAUGGUGGAAAAUUUGGUGUUCAAGCUGACAGAAUGGAUAAGUCUGCUGUUGGCCAUGAUUAUGUUGCUCAUGUUGAAAAACAUGGUUCUCAAGUUGAUGCUGUUAAAGGUUUUGGAGGAAAAUUUGGUGUACAAUCUGAUAGACAAGAUAAAUCAGCUGUAGGAUGGGAUCAUCAUGAAAAAGUUGAUAAACAUGCCUCUCAGAAAGAUUAUGCUACAGGAUUUGGUGGUAAAUUUGGUGUGCAGAGAGACAGAGUAGAUAGCAAUGCUGUUGGCUGGGAUUAUAUUGAAAAGUCUGAAAAGCAUGAAUCACAAAAAGAUUAUGCGAAAGGAUUUGGAGGAAAAUUUGGCGUUGAUCAAGGACGCCAGGAUAAAUCUGCAGUUGGCUGGGAUUAUCAAGAGAAAACAGAGAAGCAUCCAUCCCAAAAAGAUUAUGCAUUAGGCUUUGGUGGAAAAUUCGGGCUGCAAACAGAUCGGCAAGACAAAAGUGCAGUAGGCUGGCAACAUCUUGAGAAAGUUCCUAAACACCAAUCCCAGAUUGAUUAUGCUAAGGGGUUCGGUGGAAAAUACGGGGUACAGCAAGACAGAAAGGAUAAAUCUGCAUUAGGUUGGGAAGAAGUAACUAAAGUGGAAGCACACCCUUCUCAAACUGACAUGAAGAAAGGAUUUGGUGGAAAGUUUGGAAUUGAGAGAGAUAGGCAGGAUAAGUCAGCUCACUCUUUUUCUGAAAUUGAGAAACCACAAUCAUCAUAUCAAAAAGUCCGCUCAGAUUCAGUUGGCUCAAAUAAAGCUAGCAGCUUGAGAGCUCGUUUUGAGAACAUGGCAAAAGCGGAAGAAGAGGAAGCAAAGAAACGAGCCGAUGAAGAGCGUACAAGACGUCUCGCUCGAGAACAGAAAGAGAAAGAGCUGGCUAAGAAGGAUGAAGAAGAACGUCAAAGAAAGCUAAGUUUAAGGCAAGAGCAGCAGCGUUUUGAAGAAGAGGAGGAGGAUGAGCCUCCUGCUGCCCCCACUGUUCGAACGUCUUCUGUCGGUGUUCCUACUCCCUUACUUCAAGCUGCUACUACAGCUAGAAACGCUUCUCCUGAACAGACAUUCCAUGUUCCACCUGCUCAACCCCCACUAGAAUUUGAUAAUGUUAUCACACAUGAGGAAAGAAGAGCCCCUGUGAAGAAAACGGAAGAAAUUUCAUUCCUGGAUGCAGUAGAUGAUUUUGAAUCUGAAUUAUUCAAACCACAUCAAAGCUAUGUGGAACCAGCUCAGCAGAAGAUUCAAAGUUAUGCUGAACCUGCGGUACAGAAGAUUCAGACUUAUUCUGAACCUGCAGUACAGAAGGUUCAAACCUACUCUGAACCUGCUGUGCAGAAGGUUCAAACUUAUGAGCCUGAAGUGCAGAAGGUUCAGACUUAUACAGAACCAGAAGCAAAAGAAACUCAAAGCAUUUCUGAACCAGCUUACGAAACUUUAGAGCAAGUUGAAGAAGAAUUAUAUGAAGUGCCUGAAGGUUCUGGGCUCUCAGCAAUAGCUUUAUAUGAUUAUCAAGCUGCUGAUAGUGAUGAAAUAUCAUUUGACCCAGAUGAUAUAAUAAUCAACAUUGAAAUGAUUGAUGAAGGGUGGUGGCGUGGAGAGUGUAGAGGUCAAAUAGGCUUAUUCCCUUCUAACUAUGUCCAACUUCUGCAGCAAUAAUGGUCUAUAAAUGAUCUACAAAUACCCCUUUUUUUGGUGAAAUUUUAAUUGUGAUUUACGUGCCCCGAUUAUUUUCUGAUUAUAAUACAACUUUCUUGUUUUUAUGUGUUAAAAAUAAUUCUGUUUUAUAUUCUGGCUUUUAGAAUCUAUCUACAACGACAUAUUUCGACUAUUUCAUUAGUGUCUUUCCAUAAUAAUAUUAUUUGAAAAUCUCUUGGAUUACUAGUUCAUUUUAACUUUUCCUGAUUUCAGGUUUUGUGUUUUAGAAUUUAGUAGUAAACAGAAUUGUUCAGUGUGACAUUUUGUCUUUUAGACUGAUAUUUUACAUUUAAGAGUUUAUAUUCACUAUUUCCGAUUCAUAUCAAGUAUUUAUUGCGUUACAUUUAAUCUGUCUUAUUGUUUCAGUAAUGCAUGCUCCUUCAUGCUAGUCAUUUGAUCAAAAUACACUUUAUAUUUGUUACAUUUUUUUUUGUAAUUUAAUUUUUUUCUAUAAAUAUAACUUUAAUGAAACUUCCAUUUUUCUAAGUAUUUAUCCUGUGCCAAAAUGUACUACAUAUGUCAAAGCACAUGUUUCCUAAAAUUGGAACUUAUUAAAAAAUAUUUGAAGAGUACUUAAAUACUAUUUUCUGCCUUAGUAUUUAAUGUUUUAUCCUAAAGAUGGAUAAUUAUUUGAAUGUUAUUUUUAAAAAUCAAGCUUUGUAUGAGCUGAUUAAAUGAUAUAGUUUCUUAGCAAUCGCUUAAUGAGUUUGUUAUUGCUUUUUUUUUUCUUGACUGUUGUUAAGGUAGAAAUUAUUUAUUUAAAAAUACUUGGCAUAUUCUUUCAAACUAUAGAAUUUAGUCAUGUUACUAAUCAAAAAAAAAUUUAAUUGCUAUUUGUAAACUUGUUUCUAGUGAUUUCAAAUCAUUUUUAAUAUAAUUCCUCACUAAAUUGCAGCAUAUUGUUUUCAUGUGUAAUCUAUUUUUUCGUCCCUCAAUAAUUCAAAAUGAAAGCUUCUUUUUGUAUUCUGAAGUUAAAAAUAUAUACAUUCACACUUUUUCUCCCUAAUGAUUUUUAUGUGAUAUUUUCUCAAUCGUAUAUUUAAAUAUAUUGUCUUUAAAUCACCAUGCAGUGCCAUUUAGAAAUCUAAAUAAUUUUUUCAUUAUUAAAUUUGAUCUUUUUUUUCUUGCCUUUAUGGAAAUUUUCUUUAUUUUUUUAUAGAGUUCCAUGCAAAUUUAUAUUUAUGUUUCCCAUAUAGAGUACUCUACAUCUUAAAUAUGGAUAUAAAAUAUUUUGCUUUACAAUUCUUGUGAAGUUUUUGCUUACCCUCAACUUAUAAUAUUUUAUGUGUUAUAAAUUUUUCUCUUAAUAUAACCUUUCUAAAAGAAUGUACUAUUUUUCACUUGUUUUGUGUUUUAUGAAAGUAAACAUUCCAUUGUACUUAAUAGUUUAAACUUAACUGUUACUGUUUUAAAUAAGCAUUAAUUUAUUAUUUCUCUAUGGUUUGUAUUAUUUCUUUUUAGAACUCUCUUCGUACUCAGCGUUAAAGUAAUCGUAUAAUGUUAUCAUUUUUUUUUAAAUGUUAAUAGUGAAUUUUGGUGUGUAUAAUAAGCUGUUUUUGAAAUUCAAAUAGCAGUAUAGUUUGAAAUUUAUCAUUCUAGAAAUUAAUCCCAGCACUUUAAAAAACAACAACUUUUGUUUCUCAGAAUAAUUUGAAAGAGUAGGAUAUAAAAUAUUUAGCUAAAGCUACAAAUUAAAAUUUUGUAACAUUAGAUAUAAAGACUAAAUAAGUUCUUAAGGCUGAUUUGUUUUUGAGGUGCUUAUUAAUAAAUUUAAGCAAAACAUAGCAUAAAAAUUAUAUAAUAGAAAUAUAAUAAAACUACAAAAUAGAUAUAAUAUUGACUUAAGAUAUAAAUGUUUUAAAAGCAUUAUUUUAAAAUUUAAGUAAAAGAGUUUAUAUGUAUGGUUAACGUGUUAUUUAUUCAGAGAUAUGUCCCUUAAGUCUUUUGAAUAUUAUUAGAAAAUAUUUAAAAGUCUCUUUGGGUAUUAAGUUGAGGUUUUUAAUCUUGAUUGAUUUUAAAUUUAAUUAACAUAUGUUGCAAUUCAGCUUCUAAUUCAGUUUAGUAUGGCUGUAUUCUUUAUUUGUUAGACUGUUAAAGAAUUCUUAUAACUUGUAAUCGAAAUUUUGAAAAUUAUGAUUUUCUGUUAUAUCUGUAUCAUUUUUCUUGAUUUGUUACAUAUUUAAUGAGUUAUCAUACGUUGCAAUUGAGCUUCUGAAAAUUAUAUCAUUUGUGGAAGAAAGUGAGAAAAUUAACUUAUUCCAUAUAAGAUUAAUGUAAUAAGGAUGUAAAUAAAUUUAUUUUCAUAGUGUCUUAUGAUACAAAUAUUAUUGUUAAGAGCAGUUAAGUUUAUUGAAAUUUUAAUAAAUUUAGUAUUGAUGUCACCCUUCAAUUGGUAGUUAUGAAUGUAAUUAUAAAUGAAAACUAUUUUCCUAUCCUGUUUGGAAUACUAGAGUUGUGAUAAAUGUAAAGAAUAUGAAAGAGUGUAGUUAGAAUUAAUAUUUCUUGUCAUUUGAAGGGUCAAAUUGUAAAAAGGAAUAAUAACUUAAAUUUGUUUCGAUUUUUUUAUACCUUAAAUUAGUAUUUUAAAGUAUAGUUGUUUUUCAUUCUUUUUGUUUGUUGUGUAAAUAUACAAAUAAAGAAUUUUCAAAUCUU